UUAAAGUCUCAUCAGAAACUAUAUCAUGGAUUUGAAAGGUUUUGCUGAGGGUAGUGUUACCUCCAUCAUUGCUAGUGCUUCCACUCACCCUUUGAAUUUAAUCAAGGUCCGUAUGCAACUUCAAGGUGAAUCCCACGUCCCAAAUCCAUUUUUCGUGCAAUCUUAUCGCCCUGCUUUUUCCUUAAGCUCUAUGGCCAAUGUUUUCGUACCGACCAACUUAGAAUCCACUCCUCCACCCCGUGUGGGACCCCUUUUCAUUUGUGUCCGUAUCAUCCAAUUCGAGGGCGCUGCCAUCCUUUUUUCUAGUGUCUCCGCUACCAUCCUUCGCCAAACCUUAUACUGCACCACCCGCAUGGGCCUUUAUGAUGUCCUCAAACAUAAAUGGACGGAUCCAGAUACUAAUACCAUGCCACUUGUACGUAAGAUCAUGGCUAGAUUAAUCUCCGGUGCUAUCAAGACUGUUGUUAGUAACCCUGCUGAUGUAGCGAUGGUCUGUAUGCAGGCUGAUGGACGUCUCCCAAUUGAACAGCGUAGAAAUUACAAGAGUGUUGUCGAUGCCUUAAGUCAAAUGUCAAAGCAGGAAGGUGUCGGUAGCCUGUGGCGUGAUUUGAGUCUUACAAUCAACUGUGCGAUGAUUAUGACAAUAUCACAGCUUGCAUCAUAUGAUCAAGCCAAGGAGAUGAUCUUGGAGAAGGGUUUGAUGAGUGAUGGGAUCGGCAUCUAUGUCGCAGCAAGUUUUGUGGCUUUCGUUGCUUCAAACCCUAUUGAUGUGAUCAAGACUAGAGUUAUGAACAUGAAGGUUGAACCUGGAGUUGAACCACCUUAUAAGGGUACAUUAGAUUGUGCACUGAAGACUGUCAAGGCAGAGGAUUCUAUGGCCUUGUAUAAGGGCUUAUCCCAACAAUUUCAAGGCAAGUACCUUUCACUGUUCUGUUAUUUGUGACAUUAGAGCAAGUUCGGAAAUUACUCAAAGAUUUCUAAUUAAUUACUACGAUGAUGAGGAUAGAUUAAGAUGUAUCUAAACUGAAGGAAGGCAAUAGAAAAAGCACUCAAGCUUGUAUAUUCAUUGAUUUGUUUGUUCAACUCUGAUUACAUGUUGGAAGUAAUAUAAUUUUUCCUCAUUCAUUAUUUGUUUAAGAGUGUGUGGUUGAACAUAAACGGAUGAUCAGUGGUGAAAUGUACUAAAAAUUACAGUAAGCUAGUCUAAUUAAGAGAUGAUACUUGAGUAUGAAAAUCCUUGUUAUUUUUCUCUUCCUAA